GACUGCUUCCAGGUGGUACUCCACCGCCUCGAGCGGCCAUUGGGCGGCCGCCGAGGGACGCUUCCGGUGUCCAGGUGCUGUUCUCUCCCGCUAGAAGAUGAAGAUGGUUCCCCGCCUCGCCGCCUGUGCCUGGCCCCUCUGUGGGCUGCUGCUGGCUGCGCUCGGCUGCGUCUGCGCCAGCGGCCCCCGCACCCUCGUGCUGCUGGACAACCUCAACGUGCGGGACACGCACUCGAUGUUCUUCCGCAGCCUGAAGGACCGGGGCUUUGAGCUCACCUUCAAGACCGCAGAUGACCCCAGCUUGUCCCUCAUUAAGUACGGGGAGUUCCUCUAUGACAACCUCAUCAUCUUCUCCCCCUCCGUGGAAGAUUUCGGAGGCAACAUUAAUGUGGAGACCAUCAGUGCCUUCAUUGACGGUGGCGGCAGUGUUCUGGUGGCCGCCAGUUCCGACAUUGGUGACCCUCUUCGGGAGCUGGGCAGUGAGUGCGGGAUUGAAUUUGAUGAAGAGCAAACAGCUGUCAUUGACCAUCACAAUUACGAUGUCUCAGAUCUUGGCCAGCAUACGCUCAUCGUGGCUGAUACUGAGAACCUGCUGAAGGCCCCAACCAUUGUUGGGAAGGCAUCUCUGAACCCCAUCCUCUUCCGAGGAGUUGGAAUGGUGGCAGACCCUGACAAUCCCUUGGUUUUGGACAUCCUCACGGGUUCUUCAACCUCUUACUCCUUCUUCCCAGAUAAGCCCAUCACCCAGUACCCUCACGCGGUGGGGAAGAACACUCUCCUGAUCGCAGGACUCCAGGCCAGGAACAAUGCCCGGGUCAUCUUCAGUGGCUCCCUGGAUUUCUUCAGCGAUGCCUUCUUCAACUCAGCAGUGCAGAAGGCCACACCCGGCGCCCAGAGGUAUUCUCAGACAGGCAACUAUGAGCUAGCUGUGGCCCUCUCCCGCUGGGUGUUCAAGGAGGAGGGUGUCCUCCGAGUGGGGCCUGUGUCCCAUCAUCGGGUGGGCGAGACGGCCCCACCCAAUGCCUACACGGUCACCGACCUGGUGGAGUACAGCAUCGUGAUCGAGCAGCUCUCCAAUGGCAAGUGGGUCCCCUUUGAUGGUGACGACAUUCAGCUGGAGUUCGUGCGCAUUGACCCCUUUGUGAGGACCUUCUUGAAGAGGAAAGGUGGCAAGUACAGUGUCCAGUUCAAGCUGCCUGAUGUGUACGGUGUCUUCCAGUUUAAAGUGGAUUACAACCGGCUAGGCUACACACACCUGUACUCCUCCACCCAGGUGUCAGUGAGACCACUCCAGCACACACAGUAUGAGCGCUUCAUCCCCUCAGCCUAUCCCUACUACGCCAGUGCCUUCUCCAUGAUGGCCGGGCUCUUCAUCUUCAGCAUUGUCUUCUUACACAUGAAGGAGAAGGAAAAGUCUGACUGAGCCAGAACCUGGGACUCCAUCCAGCAGGGAGAUGGCAAGAGGAUUUCACUGGAACGGAUGGGUUGGGUUGUUGUUUUUAAGGCCAUGGGAAAAUGGCACAGCCUUACCUCAGUGAGGUGAUGACUAUGGGGUGGGGGGCAGGGAACUUUUUUUUUUCUGUAAGUUUUCCCAUUUUGAAUCACUCUGUGGCAUUUUUCGUAUGUGCAGCCACCCCCAUUUCUAAAAUAAAGAGAACCACUGCCCUCA